UGUUUAAUACUUAUGAAUGAAAUCUUUUUAAAAGUUUGUUUCAGCUUUAAUUUGUUGUUGCCAUUCAAGUUGUAGAUUUUUGGCAAACAUCAAUUUUUUCUAAACUUUAGUAUUUAUAAUUAUUUACUUUAAUACAGACUUCCAUAAAUAAAAAUAACUUGUCUGUUGUAUUAUGCUUUACAUUAGUGGUGGCUGUGUUUUAGUGAUAAAGUUAAUGGCUCUCAUCAUUAAGUUUUGAGACUCUUCAGGAUGAAAACUACACAAAUUUGGAAUCAUAGCUUUUUUCUUUCAAAAUAGCUAUUUUGUGCAUUAAAUAAUUAUGUCCUCCUCAGAAGUUCUGAAACUGUGAAUGUUUUUUUAAUACAGUCUUGGUGACUUUUAUUCACUGCCUCUCUCACUCCCAAAAGAAUUCACAAGAUACCUGCCACAUUGAAAUACCUCCUAAGCUCAGCAAUGCUUCAACUUUUUGAUCACUCUCAGUGUGGAUUAGAAGGACAGAUGUUGACAUCCUUAACAGUAGCAGUGGUGAGGACAUUGGGCUUCAGUAGAGGCAUUAACUUAAAAUAUAAGUUUAAAAAAGGAAUGAGAAAGAAAACAGCCAUGACAAUUUAGGAAUUGUUUGAAUUUAGUUUAGUUUAAUCAAAGGCUUCUUUUAAGGUUAUAUUACCUAGAUAUUAAAAAGUAUUUUUCUGGGAUCACCAGGAUUAAAGCAAACUAAUGCUGGAAUAGAUAAGGUUUCUCACCUGUGAUCCCGUGAAUAAUUUAUUUCUUAUAAUAGAAAGGAAAUUCAGUAAUAUCUGUAUUCUUUUAAAAUUAUUUUUUGGGAUGGUUUAACUAACAGUCUAUUGAAGGGACACAGCAAUUCAUUGUGGUAAACAGAAACCUUUUUCUUCAGUUUACUUAACAGUGAACAAACUAGCUAGGGAUUUUUACUGUUAGAAAUGCAUGUGUCAACUUAAGUAUGGCAGAAGAUAAAACUUUUUUUUGUAUUCAUCAUCAAGGCUCCCAUUAUGUUUUCUUUCCAUUAUGUUUUUAAUCAAGGGGACUAUCUUAUUAACUUCACAAGAAAUUUUAGCCAAUGUAAUUGACUAGUACAGAUUUAGUAGACUUUCUUAGAUCUUUAAAUGAAUAGCAUAGGAUAUGAAUGUUUUUGAAGGUUUUCAGUACUAUUGAGAAUGUUGGAGCUCUACUGGUAUUAAUUUCAGCAAGCAAGGAUUUGGCACAGACAUCCUAUUUCAUGGCUACCAACAGUCUACAUCUUACUACCUUCUGCCUUCAAUAUAAACCCACAGUGAUAGCAUGUGUAUGCAUUCAUUUGGCCUGCAAAUGGUCCAAUUGGGAGAUUCCUGUAUCUACUGAUGGAAAACAUUGGUGGGAAUAUGUGGAUCCAUCAGUUACUUUAGAAUUACUUGAUGAAUUAACUCAUGAAUUUCUACAAAUUUUGGAGAAAACUCCUAAUAGAUUGAAGAGGAUACGAAACUGGAGGGCUAAUCAGGCGGCUAAAAAACCUAAAGGGGAUGGACAGGUGUCUGAGACAGCUCUUCUUGGUUCAUCUCUGGUGCAGAAUUCCAUUUUAGUAGAUAGUGUUACUGGUGUGACUACAAAUGCAAGCUUUCAGAAACCAUCUUCAUCAGCAUUUCCUGCACCAGUUCCUCUGAAUUCAGGAAAUAUUUCUGUUCAAGACAGUCAUACGUCUGAUAAUUUGGCAAUACUAACUACAGGAAUGCCAAGUACCUCAUACAGUUUGGCAUCACACCAAGAAUGGCCUCAGCAUCAAGAACCAACAAGGACAGAACAAAUAUAUUCACAGAAACAGGAGACUCCACUGUCUGGUAGUCAGUACAACAUCAACUUCCAGCAAGGACCUGCUGGUUCAUUACAUUCAGGAUUACAUCACAGGUCUGACAAACUCUCUGAUCAUCCUUCAGUUAAACAAGAAUAUACUCACAAGUCAGGAAGCAGUAAACACCACGGGCCAGUAUCUGCUGCUCCGGUAAUAGUUCCUCAGAAAAUGUCACUAGAUAAAUAUAGAGAGAAACGAAAGCUAGAAACACUUGAACUGGAUGUAAGGGAACACUAUGUAGCUGCCCAAGCAGAGCAGCCACACAAAAAGCACAUGCAAUUACAGGCAGCCAGCAGCAGUUCUGUAACUUCUCCCAUUAAAAUGAAAAUUCCUAUUGCAAAUGCAGAAAAGCCAGAAAAAUACAUGUCGGAUAAAAAAGAAAAGAGUGGAUCACUUAAAUUGCGUAUUCCAAUUCCCCCCACUGAUAAAAGUUCUAGUAAAGAAGAACUGAAAAUGAAAAUAAAGGUUUCUUCCUCGGAAAGACACAGCUCUUCUGAUGAGGGUAGUGGGAAAAGCAAGCAUUCAAGCCCUCAUGUGAGCAAAGACCACAAAGAAAAGCACAAGGACCAUUCCUCCAACCGCCAUCACAGUGGCAGCCACAAGCAUUCCCAUUCACACAGUGGCAGCAGCAGUGGUGGCAGUAAACAUAGUACUGAUGGAAUACCACCCACGGUUCUGAGGAGUCCUGUUGGCCUGGGCAGUGAUGGUGGUAAUUCCUCUAGUUCCAGUGCUGCAAGGAAGAAGUUGCACAUCAAUGAUGCGUCUCACAACCACCACUCCAAAAUGAGCAAAAGUUCCAAAAGUUCAGGUAGUUCAUCUAGUUCUUCCUCCUCUGUUAAGCAGUAUAUAUCCUCUCACAACUCUGUUUUUAACCAUCCCUUACCCCCUCCUCCCCCUGUCACAUACCAGGUGGGCUACGGACAUCUCAGCACCCUCGUGAAACUGGACAAGAAGCCAGUGGAGACCAACGGUCCUGAUGCCAAUCACGAGUACAGUACAAACAGCCAGCAUAUGGACUACAAAGACACAUUCGACAUGCUGGAUUCGCUGUUAAGUGCCCAAGGAAUGAACAUGUAAUCAAUUGUUUAGGUCAAUUUUUCCUUUACUUUUUUAAUUUAAGAAUUGUUAGAAUGGAAAACUUCCUGAUCUAGCAAAGGCAACACCAGCUGUUGCUGCCAUUGUUUCAAUAUAUGUAAGUGCUGCUUUAUCCUUCACUCUGAAAAGAAGAGGUUAUAGUAAACAAGUCUUAUCUCCACAUAUGAUAGUGUUAUAAAUACUGUAAUAGCAUGGAAGGUGCAAAAAUCUCAGUAUUUUUACAGUUGCAGCUAAGAACAGUAGAACGAAUGGCUGCUUCUAGGUGUAUAGGAUGCCUCAAGCAUUAUUUAUCAUUUGAAUCCUGAAGCCACCGUUUUUUUUUUGUUGUUGUUGUUGCUUAGCUUUUGAAUGAGUGUAAAUUGUUUUCUUUUGUGUAUUUAUGCUGUAUGUAUGAUUUGCAUGUUUCAUUGAUAAAGGGAUAAAACAGUAUACUGACAACUGUUUACAAGAAAGUGGAGAAAAAUGUACAUACAUUUUUGUAUGUUUAGAUAUUACCAUAAAUACUCAGGAUUGGAGCUGCUUGUAAGUAUAACAAAAUAUACAGAAUAACUUUAUUUUAUCUUGUGUCAGAGUCCAUCAGUAAUCUUAAAAAAUAAAAAGGGUGGCACUUUGUCAUGUUAAUCUUUAACUAUAGGCCUUAUUGGGAGCCGCUGAAUGGGACACUUCACCGCUGAGUGGGUAUCCAAUGCCAUGGAUGGUCAUCCGUACCCAACUGUGAGGCACUGGAUUGAAGCCUUCAUGGAUUGUUGUGACCAGAUUGGCCAUUGAAAAAGUCCCUAGUUUUCUGAAGGAAAAAAGGAAUAAAAAUAAAGUUUACAUAAUCUUUUGAUGUGAAGUGCAUUUAAAUGUUUAUUGGCUUGAUGCAGUAAUAUAGACACAGAGCUGUUAAUAAUGGUUAUGUAGAUUAAUGUGAUUGAGAACUUAAAGAAUUCAUAAAAAAAACUUGCAUAGUAAAAAAUUAGUAAGUUGUUUUUUUUUUUUUUUUUUAACUUUAACACCAUAUAUAUUAUUUUAGUAGCAAACAGGGAUCACUGUUCCAUAGCAUUCAGAAUCUGUUCUGAAUUCCCCAAGUGUGUUUGUGUGUGAUGCCAUGUUUCUUUUACAGGUGAAUGCAGUCGUCACAAUAAAAAUGAAAGUAAAACUAUUGCUAUCACAAUUUUCCUUUAUAUUCCAACAAUAAAAUAACUAUCAUUGACUGUGCAUUGUACUUGUGAUUAUAGUUUAUACAAUCAGAAAGCUCUGUGGAAAAAAAAAAGAUCAGUCUCCAAUUAAACCACUAGUAUACAUUUUUAUAUUUGUUUGCACGUCUCAUCAUAUUCCUGUUGAUGUAAAGUUUGCACAGUCUUCUAACUCUAGAACAAAUAACAGGCUUUAGCUUUUUUUUUUUUAAGUUGUAAUUAAAACUCAGUACUCUUAAUUCUGUUUUAUCAGCUAAUAUUGAGAACUUGUCCUGUGGUCAAUUUGUAAGCAAUAUUUAAGUUGUUGAAUGUUUUAAGUUGGGUUGAAUUUAACUUUUACAAGCACCAAACAGUUAUUUGAAAUCUGUCUUAAUUUUUCCUUAAAUGUACAUGAAUUUUUAAAUGUUCUGAAACUACUGGUACAUGCACAAUUGUAAUUUUAUUCAAGUAUCUGUUGUAGUUUAUUGUAAAUAUUUGACAAUUUAAUCUCAUCUUUUACUUUUUAGUUUAUUAAGUAAUCCAAUAACUACCAAUAACUACAUCAGCAGUUAUAUAAUUUGGUUUGAGCUUUUUUAAAAAAAAAAAAAAAAGAUUAUGGUUAUUAAUUCUUUUGUCAGUUUAUCUGAAUUUAGGAUAUAUAGAAGCCUAUUCCUAGGGACACCUAGAGCCCUAUCUAGCCAGUGUGUCCUAACAUUAGCAUCAGGUUGGCGUUGCAGUUUCUUUCAGUGAAUUUAAUAAUUUGUGCCAUUAAAUGUCACUCGUCACUAUGGCAUAAUGUUGUAUCCAGAAACUAGUAUUUUUAAUGCAGUCUUAUUCUUGCGAUGGUACAUAAACCAGGGACCUAGUGUAGAAUUCAGCUGUGUGCGAGAUGAGGGCGGGGGAGGUUUUUGUUCUUAAGUGAUAACUGUAAGUAGAUGUGAAAUUCUAAGGAGCUAUCAUGUGAAAUAAUAUAGGGUUGCUGUGCUACUGUAUAAUGGGGAACCAUAAUACCAGGAAUUUUAAUAAGAUUUUGUAAAGAAUGUCCAGAAAAAGUGGUGAAUUUAUUUUCAGACUGAAAUAGAAAACAAUGUGAAUAUUUAAGGUCUGCAACUACACUUAAUAAACUUCACUAAGAAUUUGGGAGUUUGUUCUGAGAUGUUGUGGAAAUAAAGGUAAUUUUGUUGAAUCUUUAUAAUUGGUGCUAAUUAUGGAAGGUUCUAAAAUAGCUAGUGUAUCUUGUUAUGGUCUAAUACUCGUUGGUACUUCCACAGAAUUAAACUUGAAGUGCUAUGUAUUCACUUUUCACUCUGUAAAUGUAACUAUACAAUGACUUUAUUUAUUAAAAGGCAGCCAGUUGUAAUUUUUACAACACUGUGUGAGCUAUUCAGACUCCUUAACCUCUAUUCUUUCCCUGAACACUUUAUAUAAGGAGGUAAUAACCUCCAUCAACAACUACAAGGGGAAUAAAUGUGUAAAUCCUUAAACUUCAUUUCAUCAAAUGAAAGUCCAUGGAAUUAAAUGACUUGUAUUUUCUUUUUGCAGAUCUUUUCUCUUUCCAUAAAUAAAAUCCAUCAGUCAGUCUGCCUGUUUAGUAGGCUCUACCAAAGAAUAAGACUUCCUUGGUUUCUAGUAAAUGGAAGUCAUUACUAAGUCUUCCUCUAAGCAGUGGUAAACUAAGAUAUCAUAAUUUAUUUAGGUAUAGCAUUCCACAUGCACAUGGUGAUGUAUAAAGUUAAGGUGAUUGGUAAGAUUUUUUUUAAUUGUUGAAAUAUUAUUAAAAUGUAUUCU